AUGACACCUAUUCUAUCUGCACAUGAAAUCGGCGAAGGCCUUCCCGUUUUGAUCAUCCAUGGAUGGCAGAUGGAAGGAAAAGGCGAGGAGGUGGACUUUGAGCCGAUCUUCAAGAAAACACCUGGACUUCACCGGAUUUACGUGGACCUUCCAGGCAUGGGCACAACACCUGCGAACAACAUCAAGAAUCUGGAUGAGAUCUACCAUCGUCUUGUGCAAUUCAUUGAUUCUCGACUUGGGAACUCAAGAUUCUUACUCGUCGGCUCAUCAUGUGGCGGCUACCUUGCCCGUGCGAUAGCUCAAAAAUAUAUUGAUCAAGUCGAUGGUUUACUAUUACGGGUACCACUCAUUGAGCCAAAGGACAGCAUGCGCGAUCUCGACGCUUUCAGACCUUUGGUUGCAAACGAGCAACUCAUGUCGAACCUACCAGUCGAAGACAGGAAACUGCUUGGAAACGUUCUCGUUCAAACGCCUGCUUAUGUUAAGACUUUAAAGGCAAAAUACGAGGAGGUUUACAUUCCAGCGGAAAAAGCAGCAGAUAAUGAGGUGUUGGAUCCGAUCCGGGCAGAUCCAGAUCGUUAUCAGUUAUCUUUUUCGUUGGACGAUCAAAGUGCUAAGUUCUUUGCACCCACACUUGUUGUAUGUGGUCGACAAGACGACAAUGUGGGCUAUCGAGACAGCCUCCGAUUGCUGGAGCUCUAUCCACGAUCAACCUAUGCUGUUCUAGAUCGUGGUACGCAUGGACUUCCUAUCGAUGAGAGUGGGCUUUUUGAAGCUCUUGUUCGUGAUUGGAUAAUCCGGGUUGAGGAGUGGCAGGGCCGCACGGACAGCUAA